GGUACUUCUAGAUCUCUUAACUCUUAGCCUUGUCUUCCCUGGGCCUCCAGCAAUUUAUCAUUACAGUUUAGAUUUUCCUCCUAUGUUACUGGUUCCCAAGACAUUUUCUGCUUCUGAAUUUCUGCUGCGGUUUCUUCACAUUGCUCUUGUCCUCAUUUCUUGUUUCACCUUCUAUACCGUGAUUCAGCCAAGAAUGAUCCACAUCUUCCAGGAGGUGUCAGCACACCUGGAAGGUCCUUCGAAGUCCCAGCUACAGAAAGUGCAGAGACAAGUAAAACCCUUCAUGACCCUUGACUACCAAAUUGUCAACCAGACUCUUAAACGGUCACAACCUCCAACACCAAGCAGUGCGCCUCUGGUACAGCAUGGGCACCCAUCUCCCGAGAGUGACGCUGGCCUUCCUGGAAAUCCACUCACCAAGUUACUAAGUCUUGGGAAAGAAGAUGACAAUGUGGAAUGGCAUAUGGAAGACGUUAUUGAGGAUAUAAUCGGUAUGGAAUCAAGUUUUAAAGAGGAAGGAACAGACUCUCCUCUGCUAAUGCAAAGAACAUUAUCUGGAAGCAUUUUGGAUGUGUAUAGUGGUGAACAGGGAAUUUCACCAGUUAAUAUGGGCCUUACAAGUGCUUCCUGUCCAAGUAGUCUGCCAAUGAAAAGAGAAAUUACAGAAACAGAUACACGAGCUUUGGCAAAAGAGAGACAAAAAAAGGACAACCACAACCUCAUUGAAAGAAGAAGAAGGUAUAAUAUUAAUUACCGAAUCAAGGAGCUUGGCACUCUUAUUCCAAAGUCUAAUGAUCCUGAUACGCGCUGGAACAAAGGAACCAUUCUGAAAGCAUCAGUGGAGUACAUCAAGUGGCUACAAAAAGAACAACAGAGAGCUCGAGAAUUAGAACACAGACAGAAGAAAUUAGAGCAGGCUAACAGGCGGCUUCUACUCCGAAUUCAGGAAUUAGAAAUACAAGCUCGUGCUCAUGGUUUGCCAGCCCUGGCUUCACUUGGCACAGUUGAUUUAGGUGCUCAUGUCACCAAACACCAGACCCAUCUUGAGCAGAAUUCAGUAGACUAUUGCCAACAACUGACUCUGUCUCAUGGGACCAGCCCUGAGCUCUGUGAUCAAGCUAUGGCCUUCUCUGAUCCUUUGUCACACUUCACAGAUUUAUCAUUUAGUGCCGCUUUGAAAGAGGAACAAAGAUUGAAUGACAUGCUCCUGGAUGACACAGUAUCUCCAUUUGGAACAGACCCUCUGCUAUCUGCCACUUCCCCUGCAGUUUCCAAAGAAAGCAGUAGGAGAAGUAGCUUUAGCUCAGAUGACGGCGAUGAGUUUUAAAAAACAAACAGGCUCGAUUCAUGCGAAGCAAUUCUGUGCGGAUGCUAGGCAAUUACGUUCUGUUUCAUAUAUUGCUUUGGCUUAAUUUUUCCAAAAGGAAUAUACUGUUCAUGAGAAACUGAUUAUAAACAACAGAAGAAUUCACAGGAAGAAGAAACAUGGUAUUGAAGAAUUAUUGAGAACUAAAAAGGAUUUUUUCUUCUUUGACUAAGACUACUUAGCCCAAAUCUACUUAAAUUUUGUUUUCCUGGAAAGAGGUACAGCAUAGGAAAUAGCUUUCUACUGAUGUUUUAAAAGUAGCAAUGUAGUGAUGUACCAUUAGAACUAACAAACUUCAGGCAGUAAACCUACUGAAAUAUACAAACCUUUUCUUAGCUAUUCACUUCCAACUCCUUCCAGUCUUACCUUAGUUUUCAAGUAUCAAGCUCAACAGAUCUGGUAGUUCAUUGCCUCUCUCCUCUAUCUGGUGGGACAUGAUGCUUGACGUUCAAACUUGACAGAGGAAAUAGUUGAAAGACAGAUUACCUGUGACUUCUAAUUGAAAAGUGAAUCUACAACGAACAUUAGAAUUUUCCACAAUAAAAUACCAAAAAUGUGUAAAAACUUUGCUUUCUAAAAUUAGACCCUAAUUCCUUUAGUCAGUUCAAUUAUAGUAAUUCUAUUUAUGGAGACAUUCUGUUGUCAAAGAAGGAACACACUGAAUACUUUUCUCAAGAAUCUGAACUAAAAUUUUACCACUUCAACAAAGAUACACUUACACACAGGCACAGCAACAUAGGUAUCAUAUUUCUUUUUUAUUUCCUUUCACUUUUGUGAUUUUCUAAUGAGCAUCAGAAAUCACAUUCCAAAUCCUAUCUUUUUCAACAAAAAGACAUUUUGGAUAAUCAAUUUUAGUAAAUAAAACACACACACACACACACACACACACACACACACACACACAACCUACUAGGACAAUUUCUAAGCUAUCUAAAAUUUAUCGCUGUCUCUAAAAAUGCAUGUAAAUUAAUUAGGUGAUACAGUGUGGCUCCAAAUUGACAAUAUGGAAAAUUAGUUUGCCAGCUGACAAAAUUAUUUGUAAAGCAGACUCUUUUUUAUUGCAUUGUGCUCUGAGUGGAGGAUAGAUCUCCAUUCCCAUAAGUAGUUAGAGCACCCCAUGAAUUUGCUAGCUUUGUUAGCAUUUGCUAAAAAUGUUUAUAACCAUAAUGCUUUAUUCAAAAUUUUCUCUCUUGAGCUUGGCAUUGGGGGUUGACUUAACCAAGGCUGUUGCUCUGUGCUGAACCUCUAUGAGUGAUCAUCUGAUCUAUGAGUAUUUGUGGAGAGAUAAUCAAACUGCAAUGGAUCCUGUGACAAUGUAGAACAGUGAGCAAGCUCUGGUCUUACUCCUCAGGGAGUAACAAGACUACAUGAGAGACAACAACAAAAGAUAAAAGACGCAUGAAUUAGACUCUACCUAGUACAGUAUAAGCUGUAAAUACAGAAGGUCAGAGAAAAUGAAAAUAAAUGAAUAAAGGUUGAAGAAUCACAAAACUCUAUGGGAAGGCAGAAUGUAACUUCUUUUAAAAGCAUAAAUAUGGGGGAGAGGAAGGUAUGUUAUGGAAUAGUAUUGACCAAGUGGUAAAAGUUAGAAUAAGUUGAGGCGGUGUCUCCAUGGAAUUUUUGUUAGAAAGAUCUGACCACCCUAGAAGAUGCCAGGUUGGAAGUCCUGGAAAAUAAUAUUGGCAACAGGUUGUGCAAAACCUUGAGUACCAGGAUGAAAAGAUUGGUAUGAAUUGAAUUUAUUUUACUGGAAGAGAGAAGCCUAAAAAUUAAAAUGCUACAGUACAUUACUGAAUAAUUUGGAGGUAAUCUUCCUUGAAUAUUACCUUUGGGAUAAAUUUUUGAAAGGAUGCUUUAGGUAUUACUCAGAACUAUGUCAUCACAAAAUUUGAGACAUAUGCUAAUGAAAGUGGGAAAAUAUUAAAUUCUUAUGUUCUAGGAGUUAUCUCAGGCUUAGCUUACAGCAUUAGUUCAGAGUUUGGAGAAUUAAAAUAAUUUUAUUGUUUGACAUGAAAAAAUAAUUCUAAAUUUAUAGGAAUAGUCAUUAAGGCCAGAUAGAUAAAUUCAUCUGAAGUAUGCCAUGUGAAAAAGGGCAAUAAGAUACACUUUCUCAAGAAUUUUCUAGACAACAUUAUAUACUUUUGACUUCAUGGUAAAAUCCCACUUUAUAAUCUGGGUCGAUAGUUUACUAUAACAGUAUAAAUCAUAGAAAAGGAAUAUAUUUUUGAGUCCAUGCAAAACACAUUCCAGAUAGAGGCUAAUUUCUAUUUUCAUUUUAUCUAGUAUUCUCAUUUCUUUAUACUCUGAGGAGACUUGCACUGAUGAUGUCAUUACUGUCAUUAUUUUCCAUCCUGUUAAAAUACUACUACACAGCCCUGAAACACGUUCCUCAUAAUCUUGUCUAACGGAAGGACUUGACACAGGUGGUAGAGCGUGGACAAAAGAGAUCUGGAAAGGGUACUACUAAUAUUUGCUGCUACUUUCAUAUUGUAAUAGCUCCAGGGGACUUAAAAUGGGUAAUGGGUUUUUAAAGACUGAGUAAAGAGUGGUGCUCUGUCACAGUUAACUGAAAUAGAUUUAAUUGUAGUCAGUAGUUCUUUUUAAUGCAUUGAGAAUCUAAUGAAAGUUAUAGACUUCCCAGAAAAAUAAAGAGUUGUAUAUACAGCCCCAAAUUUGCAUUGACCGAAAGGUUUUAGUAAACUCCUGAAUGUCUUGUUGGAUGCCAGGUAAAAAAUUCCUGUAUCAGUUCUGUUACUUUCAUGAAUAGCAUUGUAGCUAUGUAUCUAUCAAGAGCUAAGUGAGUAGUUAAUGUCAUAUACAGUGAUGGAGGAGGGAACCCUAGUUAUCUGUAUAUCACUCUCUCAACCCCAAAAGUGAGGAGGUUGCCUAGGAAAGUGAAAGUGUACCAACACUAGACUAUUCACAAAGGAAACUGUUUACUUAUAAAGUAGACCCCUUCCAACAUCCGCUAUUGUUUAUAUACCUCCUAUUAUAUACUCAUGUUAUAUAUUUAUAGGCCAGUUUCUCUAUGAUUAUUGGAUAUUGUAAACAUCUGAUGAUAACAUUUUAAAAUGAACAUAUAAAUAUCAAAAAUAUAUAAAUCAAAAGCAAAUUGUUUGAGUAUCUAAGAAUCAAGAGAGAUCCUGGGGAAAUUGAUAGAUGUCUAGAAUAUUUGUGUAGAAAUGAGACUUACUGCAGUAAAACAGGUAUACUGUUUAUCAAACAAUUUUGUCACAAAAAGCAUCAGCUGUCACUGGACUAUUAAUACACAAUUAACCAAGCUUUGUUCAUUCAAUGAAUCAGUGCAUAAUUGUAAUUAUAAUAAACUUUGUUUAAAAUAAAAGUUUUAUUUUAAUUA